AUGGCUCUGAGAAUGAGUCUUUAUAAUAUUGCCCAGCCUGUCGGGGCUAUGUUAUCAGGUGUGAUGCAGGGUGCUCUUUCCACUAAUCUCGAGGGUGUCCUCGGUCGAACCGGUUGGCGAUGGGCAUUUAUCAUCAAUCCCGAUCGCCCGAAUCCGCUUGCCAAAGUUUACCUCAGACCAAGAGAUCUUGUGGUUGCGCGAGAACGAACUCGGCGAAUAGGCCGUGAUCCCCAGGUUGGAAUUACCGUCAAGACAUUCCUACGCUGCUUUAGAUUCUGGCAUAUCUGGCUGUUUGCAAUUGCUUGGUCGAUCGGAACAAACCAAACACCUUCGAACUACUUCAACCUUUGGCUCAAGUCCCUUAAAAAUCCCGACGGAACCGCGAAAUACUCAGUUGCGAUGCUCAACUACCUGCCAAUUGCAGGUUAUGCAAUCCAACUCGUUGCCGAGCUGCUUUUCAGUGGGUUCAGUGAUUACCUCGGAGCACGGCUGCCGUUUUUACUACUUCAUUCAACAAUCAACAUCACAUCGCUGAUCAUCCUGAUCAUAAGACCUGCAAGUGAAAGUGCCUACAUGGCCGGUUGGUAUAUGAAUUAUGCCGGGGCGUGA